CUUUAGACUUUUCGUUUCCCUUUAAAACAAAUAUAUUUAUAAAUAAAUGACCCAGUAAGGAGCAUCACUCCAGAGUCCAAACAAUACAGAGAGGUCUGUCAAAUUUCUCUCGUUCUCUACCCCCUUGGUUAUAAAAAAAACAGACACAGUAGGGUUUGACAGUCAUGGCAGCCAGCAGUAGUCGGAUUGCAACAGUACUUUCUUUUACUCAACACCACCAGUCCAGUUCAAGCCAAGAAGAAGAGAUUAAUAUUUUUUUGAAGAUUAUGAGAACUGUGGCCUUAACGGUCAAUAGAUCUGAGACGAUAAAAGAUCUUAAAGCACUGUUAUGUGAGAAGUAUGGAUUUCCAGAACAUCAUCAGGAGCUCUUCUUGGGUGGUGAUAUGCUCGUGGACUGCCAAAGUCUAGUUGACUGUGGAGUUCAGAGGGACUCCACUGUUCAUCUUGUUCUCCAGAAUACUGUCGGGAUCAAAUUAUUUGUCAAACUACCAUCAAGUCAGCGCACCAUUGAGAUUGAAGCAAAAGCUCAUGACACCAUCCGAAACAUCAAGGCCAUGAUUCAGGCCAAGAAGAUGAUUCCAUCGGAUCAGUUUACUCUUUUAUAUGGUGGAGAAUCACUUGAAGAGGACAGCACUCUGACCUCAUUAGGUAUCAAUAACAUGUCAACCCUGCAAAUGAUUUCUGCUCCUAAAGAUGUCCUUUCAAUAUCUGUGAAAUCACCAUCAGGUGAGACUGUUAAACUCAAGGUUAGAGCCUUGUUCACCGUCAAUGAUGUCAAAAACAUAGUUGGGAACACUUUAGGUAUCUCAGUCAGUGAUCAGAAUCUGAUCUAUUCCGGAAAUCAGCUUGAGGACCUCAAGACAUUGGCUUUUUAUGACAUCAAAGAUAAAUAUGUAUUGGAGAUGUCACAUCCUUUGUUUCAGAUAUUUGUUAAAGUUUUUGAUGGCAGAACCCUAACUAUUUAUGUGAAGCAGUCUGAUGUUGUUGAAGAUGUGAAGGUCAAGGUUUUCCGCAAGCUUGAAGUGUCUAUGAAGCCUUAUUAUUAUUGUAGGCUUUUGUUUGGUGGGAAAUUUCUUAUUAAUGGUCGAGAUCUAGCAAGCUACAACAUACAGAAGGACUCCACCCUUAGUUUGGUUCUGUCAACAAACGUUGUCUAGAGGGUCGUAGGUUAGCGUGGUUAGCUAUCUUUUGCAGAUUAGCAGCAGCAACUAUAUUUUGGCACAGGUGAGGUUAUCUAGAAAAGAUUAAUUUGAAAUGCAAUGUACUUAGAAUAGGGUACAACUGUGCAGAGCUCACUGUAGGUAUGUGCAAUGUUAGCCUGAACAGAACAAGUUGCUACAUGUGGAUAUUGGCUUAAGAAGAAAAACAAACCUGCUUUAAUUGCAUUUUCCUUCUUUUUAAAAAAUGACUUACUGAGUUUUAUGUUCAGUAUUUGGAUGAUAAUUCGACGAAGGUCGAAAAUGAGAGAACUUUGGUCGUAAGCACAAUAUCAGUAAAAAAAUCCAUGUGGUCAUAUUUUCUUAUAUGCAACAUGAAUUAUUAAAAAUCAGAAUACUUGAAUCUUGCAGUAGUUCCUGAUUCAAUAAUUCUUUCUUCUUUACUCAGUUGAACCCCAUCAAUAAAUUAUUUGAAGCAUAAAGAGAGUUGACAUUCUUAGGGAUUUCUUUUUGUCCUUCCGUUCAAAUGUCAGUGUCUAGUUUUGGACUUUUACUAUACUAUUCUAUUGAUUUUCCAAAUUCUUUUACAAUACCCGUGCUUUGUGUGAACCUACCAACUUGUAUUAAAAAUGAACCAAAUUGAAGACUUUGGCUAGAGCCUAGGCUAAAUAAUUGUUUCAUUAUUAUUAAAGACCAAUUAUUCAACAGAGAAGCACUUAUCCAAUACACAAUGUACAAGAUUUAUAUUAAAAGAAUUCUAUUUGUGUUUGUUAAAGAAAAGAACUCUACAUAAGGCAGUCUUCAAACUCUUGAGUUUCAUCAGAAAUAAAAAGUUUUGCCUAAACCUGGCAAUCUGAACAAUCACUCAAGUCUUGAAAAUUUCCAAUGGAAGAAGCACUGAGACUUCGUAGAUCCUCAUACCGGGGAUACCGAACGCUCCCAUCAAGUUACCUUGGUUCAUCUCAGCAAAAGAGGAAUAUACUGUGGAAGGUCUUGAAACAAGUAGCUCUGAGCGUUAAGAAAUCCGUAGGACAAAGGAAGGAAGGCAAUUCAGAAAAGCUUCAGGAGCCCCUCUUGGAUGAUAGUAGUAAUUGGCUUCACGAUGGCCAAAUACCAGCUGAUCAAGGAAUUCAAAGGGAACCCAGUUACCAUAUACGUCAUCAGAAUUCAAUGAGAAUGAAAAUAUAUGUGAAAAUUCCAUCAAAUCAGAAGACCAUUGUAUUUGAAGCAAAAGGGUACUAUACCAUCAAUGACAUCAAAUCCAUGAUUCAGUUGAAGGAGGGAAUUCAAUUAGACCAGUACACUUUAGUUUAUGGUGGGAAACUACUUCAAGAUUAUCGGACAUUGGCCUCGCUUGAUAUACGGACAGAAUCAACCCUUUAUAUGAUUUUUAAUCCAAGAGAUGUUAUGCCAAUUUUUGUGAAAACACCAAGUGGAAAGAUUGUCAAGGUUGAAGUUAAGGUCUUGUACACUCUCCAGGAUGUCAAAGCGAUUGUUGAGAGCUUUAUAGGAUGUCCUGUUGCUGAUUGUAGAAUUAUUUAUGCAGGAAAUGAGCUGCAGGAUUGCAAGACUUUGGCUUUCUACAACAUUGAAGAAAAUUCCACUUUGGAGGUGCUGCCUUCUUGGAUUCAGAUAUUUAUUAAGACAUGGAAUGGGAAAACCAUUACGCUUGAUGUGGCACGAUCGAAUACUGUCAGAGAGGUGAAGGACAAGAUAUUUUGUAAGGUUAGAGUGCCAGUUCAUUUUCAGAGUAUUGUAUUUUCCGGAAAACGCCUUGAAGAUAAAUGGCGUCUUGCAAGAUACAACAUCGAGAAAGACUCCACUCUCCACAUGGUUUUGGCUUGGUGAACCAAAUUCCACUAUCAUUCAUGAUACCAGAGGAAAUGCAAGCAAGAGUUGAACUUCUGUAAUAAGGGCGCUGUUAGAUAUAUUCCUUCGGGUUUGAUGAAGAUGUAUAGUGGUUCCCAUUGAAAGAUUUUAUAUAGAAAAAGGGUGCUAGUCGUCAUAAGUUUGCAACAAAUUUUUUUUUUUUUUUUUGCAUUU